AUGGCUAGCACCAUCGACCUUGGUAAGCUGACUGGCGCCUCGCUGGACUUGGAGGAAAUUGGUCUACCAAGCUACGAAUCGAUCAAUGCUGCCUCCGCCGAUGCUCCCCUUCCCGACAAGGAUGUAGCUACAAAGGCGGUUCAGGACGCAAAGGAGGUGCCAUCCAUUUGGUUUGUGAACUUUCCCACAAAGCAAGCAGCUGCGGAGAAGAAAGUUCUUGCGGAUUUUAUGCAAUCCGUCCAGGACUACCGUUGCUGGGCAAGCCUUAUUUGGUGGCGUACUGUCUAUAGCAACCCCAACAUUCCCCAGGAUGGCAAGAAGGAGUCUGUAGCCAAGCGCAGUGCAUACGCCGCAAAGGUUGGCGUGAAGCACAUGAAAACGACACCCUGGCUCGGAAUGAAUGUCGACCACGAUGUCAGUAAGGAUAUCGAAUGCUCUACGAGUGAAUUUCAUACUCAACUCCUUGAAGCCGUACUUCAAGGAUUUGUUGGUGUGGUACCUGCUGUUUUACAAGCCUUAGAAGGGAUCCUAAAGUCAUUGGCCAAAACGGUUGAGCAAAGCACAACAAACACAGACAGCAAGACCGUUGUCUGUGAGCGUUACGAAUACAUUCCUGAGGCUGAUGUUAUCAGGUCAUACGUUCGACUUAUUUCUUUUACUGUGACCGACUCAAUGCGAAAUGUUGAGAAAGCCAAGAAGACUGAGCGCCGUGUCAAAUGUACCAUCGCCUACAACGAGUAUGAGGCCGUAUUUAACCGAAAAUUGUGGGACGCGAAUUCUGAGCAGAUUGAAGCCGAACAGAAGAAGGCGGCAGAUGAGUUCCGCAAGCAACAGACUGUUGAUUGCCCCCCUUGA